CAUCCACCCAUCAGCUGUUUUUGUUUUGCUGUGAGACUAUUGAAAGUUAAUAACAUAAUAACAACAUCGUCUGUCGACUGACUCAAGCGAAACGGCUCACUGAGGAAGUGAAAUCGUUUAUCUUUGUUUCUGUUCACAUUUGGGACAGUCCACGCGGUGCGUAAUGUGUGCCAUCUAAGCCAGUCUGCCCGGACAUUCCUCUCCCUGAAGAGUGCGAGCGUGGCGCUUGGAGUCGGGGGGCAGAGGAGAGGAAGCGGGUUCCGGCGGGGAUCGACCCGAGCCCAAGGCCUCCGACCUCGGCCAGUGAGAGCAGAGGGAGUUCGGUGGCUCGGAUGGAGACCCAGGAGUCCCCGGACGCGCCGGUCGGUCCCGCGGUGCACCGAGCCUUCAUCUGUGCCUCGUUUAACCAGGACACCACUUCUCUGUCAGUGGGCACCAAGACCGGCUACCGACUCUUCUCAGUCACUGCUGUGGACAAACUGGACUGCAUCCAUGAGGGAGUAGAGUGUCCAGACGUGUAUAUAGUGGAGCGACUGUUCUCCAGCAGUCUUGUGGUGGUAGUCAGUCUGUCCAUGCCCCGACGAAUGAACGUCUACCACUUCAAGAAAGGUACCGAGAUUUGUAACUACAGCUACUCCAACAACAUCCUCUCUGUCAGGCUCAACAGACAGCGGCUGGUGGUGUGCCUGGAGGAGUCAAUCUACAUCCACAAUAUCAAAGACAUGAAACUCCUCAAGACCCUACUCAACACACCCACCAAUCCCACAGGUCUUUGUGCUCUCUCAGUCAACCACAGUAACUCCUACCUGGCGUACCCGGGCAGCGCCACCAAUGGAGAAAUCACCGUCUACGAUGCCAACAACCUGAGCACUCUGACGCUGAUCCAAGCCCACGACAGUGCCCUGGCGGCCCUUACCUUCAACGCCUCUGGCACCAAACUGGCCAGUGCUUCAGAUAAGGGCACCGUUAUCAGAGUCUUCAGCGUCCCUGAAGGACAGAAACUGUUUGAAUUCCGCCGAGGGAUGAAGAGAUAUGUUAGCAUCAGUUCAUUGUCCUUCAGCGCAGACGCCCAGUUCCUGUGUGCUUCCAGCAACACUGAGACAGUCCAUAUCUUUAAACUGGAGCAGCACAGCCCCAGUCAAGACGAGGAGUCUCCCACAUGGUCAGCAUAUGUUGGCAAAAUGUUCACAGCGGCCAGCACCUACUUGCCCGCCCAGGUGUCUGACAUGAUGCAUCAGGACAGAGCCUUCGCCACCGUGCGACUCAACAUGUUCGGCCUGAAGAACAUCUGCGCCCUGGCAACUAUUCAGAAGCUCCCUCGCCUGCUGGUGGCAUCCUCAGACGGGUAUCUCUACAUUUAUAACGUGGAUCCACAGGAUGGAGGCGAGUGCAUGCUGGUCCAAAAACACAGGCUGUUUGACUCCAGCGAGGAGCAGGUGGAAGAGAAGGAGGAGGAGAAUCCAGAGGAUGUGUCUCCCCCACCAGCCAGCCAAUCAUACGCUGCGACUGUGGCACUCCCUUCAACCCCGCCCUCCUCCACUACUCUCAUGGGAUACUCAGAGGACGGUGGAGCCCAGAAGGGUGAAGUCAUCCCAGAGCACGAGUUCGCAGAGGGCCCGGUCUGCCUGGAUGACGAGAACGAAUUCCCUCCAGUUGGCAACCAGAGUAAUUGACCAAACCCCCUCCUCCCCGUAAAACAAUCAUCCCUGCACACAAUCAGACUGUUUCAAGCGGGGAAGGUGGACAAAAAUAUUCCUGUGUUGAGACAUUGUUGCACCCCCAGCCUCCCACAUGUACCCCUGCUGGCCUAGGGUCAAAGCUUGCCAGAAUGUUACUUCCUGGUGUUCCUGUAUUCUGCGUCCCUCUCUCUUUUUGAAAGGAAUAAAGAUAUUAAAAAAAGUUUUAAAAAAUACAAAAAGAGAGUGGAAGGUCCACUCAUCAUGUAAACAUAUUCACAUGUUAGACAUAUUCAAAACUGUCUAAGAGCCCCAGUGUUAAAAAUUCCCUCCACUCAAAAACGUGUUUUCUCUCAGUUUAUAUCCGCUAAAAUGUCUGACUUUGACCAUACUGACUUGUAUCUGUUUGUCACUACAGCGGUGUUUUCACAUUCCUCUACUGAAGGGGGUGAUGUCUGCGUCCUUUCCCGAAAUCUGAGAUUCAAACGUACACCAGGCAAGCGAGAUAAGUUCCCAUCUGAGUUUGGGUCCUCUAGCCGUCUUGAUGCGCACUUUUCAGUGGUUAAACUAGUACGAGCUGUGGUGGAGGGCGGGCUGGAGGCCAGAUUCCGAAUUUCUCAAUUAGGGAGAAAAAGCAAUAUCAGAAUCUGCUAUCUAAAGCCUCUGGGGGCUGUAACGGGCUGCAGAAGACUUUCUUCCUGAAAUCCUUUUCUGGCAGAAAUGUAUUCAGUUGAAAACAAGUAAAACCACAUUUUUUUCCUAACCUUAAACAGGAAAUCUAGUUUUGAUACAAAGCUCUCUAAGCCAACUUCUAAUAGUGAAAAAUUUGGGGAGAUCAGGUGUACAAGCUUUUUUUCCUUGGAUGGCAAAGGCAUGACUCACCCCACUCCACCUUACUCUGCUUCUGACUGGCUAUUCCUGAUAUUCUUACUCUAACCCUAACCAGUCUCACUCCUCAUGCAUAGACCAACCAAUCCAACCAUGUUCAAUUACCAACUUGAGACACAUCAAGACAACAUUUUGGUUAAUCUCUAUCAACAGAUAUCUGCAUAUGAAUGCAAGCAAAUUUAAAAAAAAAAAAAAAGCUAAUACCAAGCUAAAUUGUCAGAUGAUAGAAUAUGAGUUCCAAGAUAACGUUUCUGCCGAUGUGUUGCGCCACUUUUGCUCUCUUUAUGGUCUGUUUAACUGCAGGCCACCAAAGCCGCUCAAAUGUGAUUGUUAAAAAGAGUGACCCAGGGAUGACGUUUUUUCUGUUGGCCGGCAUGGAAGUUAGCUUUGGUUUCCUCGUCAAAAAGCUUAUGAGAUUUUUCCAUUGGAUUGUGGAUCACUGCAGAAAAUAACCUAUUUAGUAAUCAAACGUUUAUGAUACUUACACAUUUUGUUCAGCAAGAUAAUAUUCACAAAUGAACACCACUUUCAGGAUUUUUGAAUUAAAACACUAAUGAUAGGCUAUGAAGAAACUAUUCUACAAUCACAUGACAACAUUGCUACCACAACAAGCUAUUUUUUGGCAUGGCCCAAUUUGAUGCUGUUCUCUAGUCUCAUUUAGCCCCUUGUUAGCAGCUGCCUUUUUAAGACACAUAAAAGCUUCAAAGCUCAAGAAUGGUCUAUUCGCAGACAGAUUUUAUGUUGUAGAACAAAACAUAAAAGUCUCUUUAAGCUUGUGUUAGCCACAGUUCUUAUUUAAGGCUUCUAACCAACAACUUUCAAAAAACCCAUUGACUUCAAGACAAGGGAACCAUGAGUGCUGAAAUGCUAACUGAUUUCCAGGUUUUGGGACUCAUUUCCUGGGGUUCUCUGUACUACCAAGAUUGCAAACAGAAACCAAAAUUAUUCCAAUACCACAUGCUUGCAGAUAUCUGGGACACAUUCAGCCCUUACAAAAAAUAGUAAAAAGUUUAUGUACGGAAACAGUGGUUUUAGGAACAUCCUGUUGUGUAUGUUGAGCUGAUCAAAUGCACUGCCUUUUCAAUAUGUCAGGUUUAUAUACACAUUGCUGCUGAGUAAAUAACACCUCUUACAAACACCAAAUAGGAGAAAAUGUACCUCAAAGGCCAACGCACACGAGAAAAAAUGGUCAACACGGCACAACGUUUUCAGGUUGAACAUUCGCUUGUUCAUACAGAUAAGAGAAAGAGUAGAUGUGCUUCUAGACCCUUUUUUGAGUUUAUUUUUUUACUUUUUUUUGUUGGAAAACUAUGUCAAACAAAAUAUUAAUCAUAGUAGAGUAUUUUUACAUACUUUAAAUCGUGUCUGGAGGGGGACUUUAACUCCCAUACUAUGCCAUUAACAACAGUGUUAAACUUUUUUAAAAAAAUGAAACCCUGACAACACAGUGACAUUAUCGUUGCACGAUAUUAUCAUGGUAGCAAUCCAAUGAACAUGUGAUUGAUCCCGCAGAGUAUCAGUGAGCAGACUUGAAUGUACCAAGGUGUUAGAGAUAGAAUAACCAGAGGCCAGAUUCACAAAAAUGCUCUUAAGAGAGUUCACCUGAAAGGUAAUUUUAGCAGCUUCUAUAUGAGCCAAGUGCAAUCAGACAAUAAUAUAAAUAUCAUAUGAAAUAAGUCAACUCUUUUAACAUCAUGUUUUGUUUUCUGUCACUUGCAAGUCUGGGAAAAAUCUAUCAUAAGGGCAUUUUGGUCAGGAAUCUGGGAGCUUAUCAACGGGCAUUAAAGGUGUCACACCUCAGUAAAAAGGAGCAGUGGUUCACUCAAGAAGAAAAAGAUGUUGUAAGUGUGAUACACUAUUUAAAUCAUGAUACAUGCAGUAAGUAUUAUGUGACUUGCAGAUGCAGCUGUCAUACUAAUUAUGGUAGCGAUAGAUGAGACUAAACACCUGUGGAAGUCACAAACGUAACCUGAUAAGACAUGUGGAGGAGUCAGCUCAGUGGCAGAGCAGUCAACAGCUAACUGUGAAAAGCUCGUUGGUGAAGCUGUACAUGACAAAGUUACAGAUCAUUGAAUUUCAGUGAUAUCCUGACGACCUUUUUAUUUACUAUGUGAUGCUGAAUACAGUAUGUUAACAUGCAAAGUCAUAGUCAUUUUUACUUUGAUGUAUUAAAUAUUCUUUUGCAAAAUAAAAUGUUUUAAGUAUUACACAUCAACGCAUAGACUUACCAUGCGUAAAUAUAUAUUGAGGAUUUUUACUGUGUGUAUAAUGUAUAUAUAACAUUUAUAUAUAGUACUGUUGUAAUAAGUAACAUGGUAAUACCAUUUGAUUUGCCAAAAGGUGGCGCUGUUAGGACACCCUUACGAUGCAUUGAGCUGUUCAAUACUGGACACCAGAGACUCAUUAAAGCUGAGAAAUGAUUCAA